AUGGAAAAGAAUUGUUCACUGUUUCUGCUGCUCACACAAUGUCUUGUUUCUUUGCAGAUCACGUACGGUGAGCCCCAGAAGUCAUGCUCCAAGCCUGUAGCAGACAAAGUCACAGAGAGCUGCGAGCAAAUCUGCCAGUGCAGGCCGCCUCCGCCGUUACCACCUCCUCCUCCACCUCCACCGCCCCCCAGGUUGCUGGUGGUGCCAA